CAAGAAUACAGACACUGUAACUUGAGUUUUAUGGUAUGGAAAAGAAUAUGGCGGUUGAUGGACAAACUCAUAUGUUAACAAGUCCAAGCACUGAUGAAUUGGCAGAAGGCAUAGCUACUGGUGGAUGUAGUGAGGGAGUGACCAGUCUCAUGGAAAAGAUGAAAGAUCCAGAAGAUGUGUCGAGGGAGAAAUCGCCGGAAAUAUCUACUAGGGUUUUAACUGUAAAUUUCAGUGCUCGAAAUUACAAGGGAACGCUUGAAGCUUGCGAUGGUCUGGCAGUUGAGAUAACAAAAGAAAUCGAGAAAUCUUUGACUCGUGCCCAGCGGUGGAGCACUCUCUGGAGACAUCGGAGAGAAAACAGUCAAAGCUCUUACAGUACGUCUAAUUUAUUGUGGCUUGCUUUAGCAUUUGUGGUGGUCUGGAUAGCCUCUGUAACAUGGAUGUUUUUAAACGGCGUCAAUUUGACCCAGUGGAAAAAGCUAAAAUAUGGAUCUAUACCUGCAACUGUAAUGGCGAUUUUCGUGCCUGCACCAAGUUCAUCAGUUUCUUUCUUCAAAUUGAAGCCCGUGAGCCAUUACGUAAGUCUUCGUUUCAGCUCUGAGUAUUCAGAGCAAUAUGGUCAGCAACAGAGGGUUAUUUCAGACAUCAAAUUUUUGAAGUAAGAAAUUGGGAGAAAACCCUACCCUGUUUUUUCUUUCUUUGCAGGUGAAAAAUUCAAAUUUUGGCGGAGUUUCCUAGACGACAAGAUUAAGGGCACUCCUGUUCCCAAAUUUGGCUCAGCUCCACAAGAUAAGCUCCGUAUAAUAGCCUUUCUCAAUGACCUCGAUCAUUAUGAAGACUUAGUUUUAGUGCAGGUGUUGCAGGUCUUAAACACGGUACUUAAAGUCUGUGAAAUCAACUUUAUUGUAGCCCUUGACAAGAAUAUUAUUAGAAAGGCAUUUCAAACUUCUUCAGAGAAUGAGGAUGAUGUCGACCACUUUAUUAGCAGAAUUGUGGAACUGCCAGUCAUCCUAGUACACCCAGCAGUUGACGAGUGGGGGAAAAACGACAACCCUAUAGCAAAAGAUGAGGCCAUACCCACAGAAAAUAAUUGAUGUAAAAAUAAAAUUUAGUUUGAGAUUAUGAAUUUUUCCUCUUUAA